AUGGAUGAAAUUUGGAAACUGGUCGAUGAUGGAACAACAGUGAUGACUGGUGAAGAAAUCCGAACUUUAGCAUUUAAGAUUGCGUCACAUUUGCCUAAAUCCGAACUUGACUAUCCUUUUGGUGAGGAUGUUCCUGUUUUUAAAGUGAUGGGAAAAAUGUUUAUGUUAGGCUCUGAACUGCAUGGCAAAAAACUGAUUAAUUUAAAAGUUGAACCUGAUCAUGGAGAAAUGUUGAGAGAUCUCUACCCCUCGAUUCAGGUGGGCUAUCAUAUGAAUAAACGUCAUUGGAUUUCAAUCUAUGAAGGCGAACAGAUCAGUGCUGAUCUGAUUCAAGACUUGGUUGAAGGCUCUUAUGAACUUGUGGCCAAGAGCCUGACCAAAGCCCAAAAGCAGCGGGCUUUGGAUCGCACAUUAGAUCAACAGACCUAA